AUGUCUUUCCCAUUGAAAGAUAAAACAGCUUUGGUGACAGGUCCAUCCAUGGGAAUUGGAGAAGCGACUGCAACACGACUUGGUUACAGUCGACUUGCAAAUGACGGAGCUAACCUAGUGUUACUUUCUCGUUGUAAAGACAAGUUGGACAAGAUUAAGGAGCAGAUCUUGUCAAAAACUCCUUCCACGAGAAUUUCUAUUUAUGCAAUUGAUAUUCAGAAUUACAAAUAUGUUGAUAAAGCGGUUGAGUCUCCUGUGACUGAAUUUGGAGCAAUCGAUAUUCUCCUCAAUAAUGCCGGCCUAGCAUUAGGAGCUCCCACUGCAUUCUGGGAACUACCUCUUGAGCUCAUUGACCAAAUGAACACCACCAAUAUUUCCGGAACAAUGUAUACCACGCACUCUGUCCUAAAUCGAAGCAUGAUUCCCAACAGCAAAGGUACCAUCCUUAACGUUUCAUCAGUAACCGGUCUUGAAAACCCUCAGUUCUCAGCAGAAGCAGUCUAUCAUGCCAACAAAGCAUGUACCAAAGCUUUCAGCAAUAGUUUAAGAAUAGAAACAGCUAGAACUAAUAUACGUGUCAUGGAUGCCAUGGAUGAGUUCAUAUUUGGAUAUCCGCCACUUGUUGUGGAGGAUAUUGCGAAGUCUGUUUCUUUUAUGCUUGCACAACCUGAGAGUACCACAAUUAAAGCUUUAGAUUGUGUUCCAACUGUCACAGAGAUCUCUUACCAACUUUGA